AGAGCGGCCACAGUGAAUAGAUCAGAGGGAGCAGCAGAUCUUGCCCGACGACAAUGAAGUACAAGUUCGCGAUCGCAGCUCUAGUGACGGCCACUCUGUACUCUCUCAGCGACUUUGUUGUGCUUGCUCGCGACUCGUCCUGUCCUCGCAUCUGCCCGCAGCCAACCGCCCCUGGGGGCGGAGACCCCGUUUGUGGCUCUGAUGGAAUCAUCUACCCCAGUCUGUGCGAAAUGAAGAAGAAGACCUGUGGAAAAGGAGUCCGACUAGCAUCAGAUGCUGGCCUGUGCAUGAGGUCGGCUGGUUCUCGUUGCGAACACCGGUGUGGUAAGGACAGAGAUCCUGUGUGUGGAACCGAUGGCAGAACGUACCUGAACCGAUGCAUGCUACAAGUGGAGAUUUGCAGAGUUGGAAUUCAGAUGUCGCAUCUUGGGCCCUGUAACAAUAUAUCAGCACACCGGGAAAACUGCCCAGUGUCUUGUGAGCAGGCACCUAUUGACGGGCCUAUCUGUGGCUCUGAUGGCAAUGUCUACAAGAACACAUGUCAGAUGAAGCUGCUAACAUGUGGGCAAGGAGUGGUCCGAACAUCCAAGAAGUACUGUCAGACAACACGCCACUGCCGUGAGUCGUGCUGGCGAGUGGCGAAACCAACUUGUGGAUCUGAUGGCAAGAUAUACAGCAAUGCAUGCAGAAUGAAAUCGAAGAACUGUGGGAAACAUGUGUUUGAAGUUCCAAUGUCUUUCUGCGUUUCUCAUGAACGGAAUGCAAAUGGAAACGGCUGUCCUCUUAACUGUGAAGGAGAAGAUGAAAGCUUGACAUGCGGUUCUGAUGGCAAUGUCUAUCGCAAUGAGUGUGAACUUAAGAUGCUCAAUUGUGGAGCACAGUCAUCAAAGCGAAGGGUACAGCCAGUAGAUUUUGAAAAGUGCCGUACCAAACUAAACAAGUGUAAUAAACUUCAGAAAUGUUUUAAAGAAGUAGAUCCAGUUUGUGGCACAGAUUCACACACUUAUAUCAACAAGUGCCAGUUGCAGAUUGCUACCUGCCUAAAAGGAAUUCAGCUAGCACAUGUUGGAAACUGCACUGCACUGGAAGAGAAUGAUUUCUGCCCAAACAGUUGCCCUGAAGAUGAAGAUGCACCUGUAUGUGGUUCAGAUGGAAAUGUCUACCGGUCAUUGUGUGAGAUGAGAAAGGAGACUUGUGGCCAGAAAGUAGUUGCUGUUCCUUCACAUCAUUGCCGAACUACCGCCCAGUGCAAUGAAGUGUGUGGCACUGAGCGCCAGUUCAUCUGUGGCUCCGACAAUAAGUUUUACCGCAAUGAAUGUGAGAUGAAAAGGGAUAAUUGCGGGAAACAUAUCUUUGUGGUACCCAUGAAGCGUUGCUUGACAGGAUUCAUGUUCCGUGGCUGCCAGAAAAUCUGUGAAAAUUAUUAUGAUCCCAUCUGUGGAACAGAUGGCAAGACAUACUCUAAUGACUGCUUCCUGGAUCUGGAGAAUUGCAGGUCACGAUCACUUGUAUCCAAGAAACAUCAUGGACAGUGUGGCCAACCUGUCACAGAAGCUAAGAAUUACCUGUAUUAAUGUGUGGAUGUUCAAUGUGAUAAAUGCAAUUAAUCCAGUCCUCAAUAUACUUGCAUAUCUGGCAUGUCUGCUAGAUGAAUCUCAAAUAUAGUCAUUUCCAUGAUGGAUUUGAGAUUCUCAUGAUAGUGACUACAAAUUUGUGGUCUUCAUGGUUGUAACGCCAAGUCAUAUAGAUGGAGAUCAAUGUUUCAGAGGAACAUGUGACCUCCAUUUUCAGGAUCAAAGAGUAAACCAACCAAGAAGCCUGAAGAAGCUGAGCUUGCUGCCUGGUUCUGCUGGUUUUUUCUUGGCUUACUCUUCUACCAUGAAGAUGGAGGCAGUAUAUUCCUCUGAAAUGAUGGGCUACCUCCGAACUACAUAGUAUUACAACCCAGAAGGCUAUACUCUUUUUUUGUUAAGGGCUUUUUAAAAAAUGAAUAAAAACAUUAUAGCAAUAUGAAACGUUUUGAGCUAAUGAAUCACUGUAAUAUAAUAUGUGAAAUGUGCUUGGUGACAUGCUACAAAAACGUCUACUGCAAGUGACAGUGAUAUUAAAACUUACAAGAUGCAGUCCUUUGGAAUCUCAGAAUGCAUCAGCCAUAUGGCAAAUGCUAUUAAUAUUUCUUACUUCUAUAAGAAGAAUCACUUUCUAACUCUAAGGACAGGAUGGUAGUGUGUCUUGUGGCCAGAGGUCUCCAAAUUUAGGUUUCAUGUUGUUUAUGCCUCUUUAGAAUAAGAUUUAUCAGACUGCAUUUCCCUGUUUAUUGUCACAGUCAGUUUUCCUAUGAUACACUCAUCACCAAGUCAUUGAUGAUAAUGAAUCAUAAAUACAAGGUCUGGCUUUGAAUACAAAUUGGAACCUGCUUCUUUCAAAUUGUAGUGCGAACCUCAGUAAAUAAGAAUACAUGAGAACACAUUCUCUUAAAAAGAAAAGGAAAAAACAGAAAACUUCAGUGGAAGUCUUUGCAUUGUUAAUUUUGUCAUAUAAAAUAACUGUCUUUCAGAACAGUAAAUAUUAAAAAUACAUUUACUAGUAAAUUGCUACUAAAAAUGCCAGGAGGUACAACAUGAGUGCCAAAUUUAGAGAAAUGCAUGGAAGUUUUAUAGAAUUAACUUUGCAAAGAUGGGACCCACUUUUCCUUAAUUCAAUGUCAAAAUCUACAUUGAAAUAUAUUAUAAAACUCUCAGAAAUGAGGCAUCAAAAUUCAACAUUAAACUGGCUGAUGGAUACAUAUAGGAAGGUUGAAUGUGCUCUGAAUGCUUCUUAUUGUGUGUAAUAUCCAUGUUUACUUGUUAUCUCUAUUUACUGCUCUGAAUAAUUUAAAAUUUUUACUGACAGUUUUUCAUAUUUUUAUUAUGACUUUACAAGAAAAAUAACGGCCACUGGGUAAUUAAUUGCUGCUUAGAAACGACUGUUUACAGGCCAGUUCUAUAAAGGUUCUCUUGGUAGUAUAUUACACUUAGGAUUACCAGGUUUGUAACUUUGUCCAUUUUCUUGUAUUCUAAACAUAACACAGUAUUUUGGAAAGUGGAUUUGUUCUCAUUCUCAGAUAAAAAGGUAAAUAGUUCAGUGACUGAGAUUAGCUACUUACAAUGGACACAACUGAAUAUGUUCCCCUCUACUGUUUCACCUGAGGAUGGGAACACAUCCAGUUACUGAAACGGUGUGUUCUGUUUGGAAUACUAGAAAAUAUACAAAGUCAAAAUUUAGGAUUUCUGCUCAUUUCUCUGACAGACAAUAAACUAAGAAGACAUGACUUAAUUUACUAUGCGGCUUUGUUAAUGUGAUAGAAUGUUGAAAUUCUCUGUUUAUGAUGUGCAGCUUGAUAACUCACUGAAAGCUUACAUUCCUUUUAGACAUGCAGAGUGAUUACAAUACCGAAGACAGCAAGUGCCUUACACAAACAUAAUGUUAGUGCAGCACCCCUGUGCCUGAAUCUAAGGAAAGGAGCUAUUAUUUGGGAUAGCUUAUAUUAAUAGAAAAUUAAAAUUAACACAAAAUAUAUUUGAACCUGAAAAAUUUUAAUGAAGAGUAAGGUGAAUAUAAAUUGUAAUACUGGCUAUUAUCUUGUUGAUUAAGUUUGUAAUCUUCUGGAAUGUUCCACAGUGGAAUGUGGUUCAUCCAAACUGCUAGUACUUAUCUACCUGACUACAUGCCAUUGCAUAUUGAAACAUCGUAAUCUUCAUAAUAUUUAUCUCCGUGGGAACCUCAAAUGUAAUGUCUUGUUGAUUAUUUGAUAUUUUCUAAUUUGAAUCUGUAAAAAUGUAUACAUCUUUUUUAUUUCUCUGUGUAUGCAAUCCAUAAAUUUUAUUGGGUGUAAUGAAGUAGUCGCUCCAUGCAGAUCAGCAAUGCUUUAUUAAACAUUUAAAUUAUAAAAACUAGUUAACAUGAACGUAAAGGAAACUAACAUUGUCACAUUGAGAAUAAACUUAACUGAUUGCAUUAGUAAAUUUGGAAGUGCCCAAAUAGAACCCAGACAGAUAGGCGCAGUUAGUUGAGAAGAUGUUACAGAAACAACUGCUCCUUGAAGAUUAAUUUCUUAUAUUACUUUGUUAAUCAUAUUCUAGCCUGUAAAAUGUAUAUUUAAAGAAGAAAAUUAUUUGAAACAGUUAUGAAUAUUUGUGAUCAGUUCCAUAACUGUGAAUAAGAAAAGAAAGGUUCAUCAUCAAAAAUCUGAAUGAAGGGAUAGCAAAUUCAUGGAAAAGCUGUUUUAUGAAAAAUAGUUUUUGAUGACAGGAUAUUUUGAAAAUACAAUUGCUACUGUUACUUGUUCAUUUGGCAGGGUGUAGGUCAUAUCAUUUGGCUAAUGGCAGACAUAUCUGUUAUUUGUGUGAUAUUUUUUCUUUUUUUUUCCCCCCCCACUUAAUCUAUUAAGAAGUAAAAGCUUCAGUCUGUGGCAUAAAGAUUCAGUUCAUUAAGAAAUGAUACAGUAGGUAGUGAUUUCAUCUUCAGUGAAAAUCAAAGAGCAGUGGUGGUUUUAUUAUGUGUGAUCCUUAUUUCUGUAAAGAGCAAAAACAUAAUUUUAUAUGUAGAGCUCCAAGGAAAUGAGAUCUUAUGAGAACAUUUAAUUUUAAUAAUUUUAUAUGAAUGUCACAGAGUACAUGUGACACUUCAACCACUGGAUGAGUGAAAAAUCAUUUACAUGCAGAAUUCAGUUAGAGUGAAGAAUUCAAAGAUUUGAACUAAACUUGAAAGCUUAUUAAAUAUUGUUACUAAACGAAACUAGCUGGUGGCAAGAACUUCAGAAUUACUAUUACUUUCAAAGACUGCAGAAAGGAAAUGACCCCAUUUCUUAACCUGAUAACUGUGCAGUUUGAAGUGGGAAUUAUUUUUUUAUUUUACAUUAUGCUCAUUUUAAUUCCUUUUUUAUCACUUAAUAUUACAUACUAUACAUUUCAGCAAACGAGACUAACACUUGAGUAUUAAACGGUGCAUUUAUGUUCUGGACAUUGAAAUGGUAAGAGAGACCAUAAGGAGCACAUUUUUUUGAAAGGCAAAAUUAUUUGCUUGUAAACAGGACUGCUGAAGGAAAUGUGCUGAGUAAUUAAUAAUAGGCAUCAAGAGAUUUUCACUCUUCUCUGUCACUUUAUCACUUAAAUGGAAUCCAAUGUUACUGGACUUCAUACUACUAACACCCACCACCACCAUCAGAUGAAAGACGUUUCUUAUCCUUAGUAUGUAAGAUCAUUUUCCAUAAUAAGGUUUUCUUCACUUUUAUGUCUGUAUAUGUUAUACUGUGUAUGUGAUGUUAGCUUAAUUCAUUGUGUAUUUAUUUAUUAUACAUAUGUAUGUGAUCAGUAAUUGUUAGUAAAGCAACAUUAGACAUGUACAAUAUAUGUGCAUGUAUUGGUAGAUAUUUUACCAUAUUCAAAGAGCAUUAUAUGUUUCAUUUGAAGCUGUAUUUAUUAACAUUUUGUAAUAAAGUAAAACACUUAAGUACCAUAAGUACUUUCCUUGUAUUUGA